UGUCACAGAAGCAACUUGCGCGCAUGAGGCAGGUGAAAUCGGAAACGUGGCUGGGUCGGGUGCGGCUCACCAGAGGGAGCAGACGGAGGAAGGACGGCGCAACCGGGACGACAAAGCCUGCCACCGUCGGGGUUCUGGCCUUCGAGGUGGGGCGGUACAUGUCCAAGGUCGCCCAGCUGUGGCACGCCCUCAGCGACGACCACGUCGGCCGGAUGCGCGAGGAGGUCCUCCGCCUUGAGGGCGUCCGGAAGCUCGUUUCCGACGACGAAGGGUUCCUCCUCGCGCUCGCCCUCGCCGAGAUGACCGACGUCCUCGGGUCGCUCGCCCGCUCGGUGGCCUGCCUCGCGUGGAGGUGCUCCGACCCUGUGCUGCGGCGGUUCGACGCCGAGUUCGCGAACCUGGUACAGAACGGCGAUGACCCCUUCGGCUUUGAGUACGCCGGGCGGAAGAUGGAGCGCAAAGUGAAGAAGAUGGAGAAGUUCGUCGCGACGGGCACGAACCUAUAUCAGGAGCUCGAGUUGCAGGCGGAGCUUCAGCAGGGGCUGCGGCGGAUGCUGGCCAACCCCGAUGCCUGCCGCCCUCAGGACAGCGUCACCUGUUUCCGGAAUAAGGUGGUGAGGCACCGGCAACAGCUGAAGCACCUGCGCGAGACUUCCCUGUGGGUUCGGACCUACGAUUACGUUGUCCGGCUGCUGGCCCGGUCCCUCUUCUCGAUCAUCGGAAGGAUGCGACUAGUGUUCGGAUUCCGGAAGUUCAAUAUGACGCCAUUGCUUCUCAACAGAGCUGCUGAAGCAAGCCCAGAGGCUAACCCACAAGGCAGCAAUAGCACGGUGAACAUGAAUCUUUCAUCGUCUAUGAUCGAUCCCAGGUCUCAGCCACAAAAUGCUCCGGCCUCCACCCUCGGCGCUGCAGCGCUAGCGCUGCACUACGCAAAUGUGAUCGUCCUGAUCGAGAAGCUUGCGACGUCUGCCCAUUUGAUGGACGCAGAUGCGAGGGAUGAUCUCUACAGCAUGUUAACCACAAGCAUAAAAGCAGCGCUCAGAGACAGGCUGGAACCCUACGGGAAGAACUUGGCACCACCAGCUCGCAAUCCCGCCCUCGCGGCCGAGUGGACUGCGACGGUGACAGGGAUGUUGGAACGGCUGGCGCCGCUCGCUCACAACAUGAUCCGGUGGCAGUCCGACCGGAGCUUCGAGCAGCAGAGUUCGGUUCCAAGCUCCGGCAUUCUUCUGCUACAGACACUUUACUUUGCAGACCAGAAGAAGGCAGAGGAUGCCAUUACUGAACUGCUUGUUGGUUUGACCUAUUUAUGGAGAUACCGGCUUAUUUAUUAGAACAGGACCGAAACGUCUCAUGGAACCGAAAAUUCAGAAACCGGACCCUUGGCCGGUACUGUCUGUGAUCGGGUCGAUUGUGAGAAUAAACCGACUGAACCGGUAGACAAUAUCGGGCUAAUAGUGGCCCUUGAGAUCCGGCCCAAUAAGCAGAACAGUCUGGUUUUAUCAUCAGAUAUUAUUAUUUAUGUCAGUGUGAACAACCU